AUGUCAAGUAUUAAGAAACGAAAAAGUAAAGACUCAAUUGAUCCCAAUUUUAUAUCAAAUUCCAACCCUAACACUUGUCCUGAAGAUACUAUUAAUACUUCAAAUAAUGAUACUAGUGAUGAAACAUUAAGUGAUGAUAACAUUAGUACAAGUUCCAAUAGCAAUAGUGAUACAGAACACACUAGUAAAAAAUUAAGGACCAAAACAAAAUCAUGCAAAAAUGAAAGUUGGGUUUGGAAACAUUUUCGCAAAAGACCAUCCUCAAAAAAAUGGAAAAAGCGUGCAAAUUGCACUGUAAUUAUACAAGAUAAAAAAUCUUCAAAUGGUCAGCGUGAAUGCGGGCAACUAGUCAAGACUCAGAGCUCAACAGGCAACUUUCAAUCCCAUUUAAAUACUCAUAGAAUUACUAAGCCGAUUCAGAAAAAUAGUACAACUCCUCAACUAACAAUUAAUGAGAUAUUUCAAUGUACUGUAAAACAGAAUUCUCGCCAAAAAGAAUCUAUUGAGCGUGCCUUGGUCGAAUGGAUAGUCACAAAUUUACAGCCUCUUCAUAUUCUGCAAAGCGAAAGCUUUAUUAAACUAAUUCAUAUAUUAAAUCCAUAUUAUGAAUUGCCUUCUAAUAAACAAGUUAAAGCACGAAUUCACCAAAGCUACAACUAUUCAACUGAACAUCUUAAAACUCUUUUUGCAACUGAACUCAAAACAUGCAGUUUGACAUAUGAUUUGUGA